AGAGAGAGAGAGAGAGAGAGAGAGAGAGAGGGUGAAUUCUGAAAUCCUCGCUCGCGGAGGAGGGUAAAUGUGCUUAUUCUGCUUGAAAGGGGCGACGCGUGGAAAUAAAUCUAACGGGGUCGAAGUGACGAUAAUAUCUAGCUUCCCCGAAGGCAUCGCUCCAUUAACCGAUAUCGUAACAUCGUCCCCCCUCCCCCUUCUUUCGUUCGAGUUCUUUGGAUAGAGUUAUUCCUUCCGAAAUACGAAGCGGAUUCGACGCGCGGACGAUUAAAAGAAGAGGUGGUUGGACGUGAGAGGAAGAGAUGCAGAGGUGAUAACAAGUUGGUGAGAGGGAGAUAGGUGGUUAUUGGGCUGGACGAGGAUCAGUGAACUUCCGAGAAGCGAGAGUUUGAUCUAUAUUUUCUCGCGUAAGAAGAUCCUCUCUCGAAUAAUUAAAAAAGGGAAACUUUUAAUGCGAUAUUUUUCCUUCUUUGUUUUUCAUCUUGUUCUAGGUUAGCAGAGUUGGCCGUUUUAAUUUUUAACUCGUUGAAAAAGUAACUAAGGUUAAAAAAAAUUUCGAAUAAAGUAGUUUAAUCGCUACUAAUCGCGAUUAUUAUUACGUUUUGAACGAUAAAUUAUCGAAGUAAACUUAUUCGUUAACUUCAACUAUUAAAUUUUCUUCAUCGUUGUAGGUUAGAAAUUUGUUGAUGAAAUUUCCUUUGCACGUUCCUCUGAACAUGAUGGAUAUCAUAGAGAACAGUACUGAUCCUCUAAAGAUCAUUUAUACAAUCUUCUGUGUUUUUUAAUGUAUAUUUUCUACCAAGUUUAUAUUUAGAAUUGAUCCUUCAAAAUACAUUCUUGUAUUUUAAAUAAGAAGACAUAUUUUCGAAUAUUCGAAAAUAUUUUCUAAAUUUUCUACCAAAGUUUAAAUAAUAUCACAUAUUUUCUAUUAUUGAAAUAUUUCAACGUCCUUUAAAAUAUUUCCUAAAUUUUUCCACUUAAAGUUUCUCUAAAUAUCCUGUAUACUCGGUUUUAUCGCGUUUAGAAUUUAUCUUCGAAAAUUUAUUCAACACUCUUUAAACAAUACGCGACAUAUUUUCUACCGCAACGAUAAUUAAACGCAUUUUAAUGGGAAAAUCCUCCAGAUAUAAUAAUAAUGACAAUAAUAAUAAUCGGACGUUAAUUAUCAUCCUCCUUAUCUGAGCCACCCAUGAAAAUUAACCGCGUUUAUCCGCCACCGGCAAAGACGCAUCGCCUGCACAUGUAUCAAAAGCGUGUUAUGAAUUCACUAUUUCGCGCGUGUAAUUUCCAACGGAAAUUAGUAGCCGCCAGGCGCAACGGUUUUUCUCCAUCGUCGACGAUUCGAGAAACGAAGAACGCGAAGCGCAACCUGUCGCCAUUCGAGAAUUGCACGCCCACGCCACCGCGCUCGAUAAACCGUGGCGUGAUUCUCGUCGAUCGCGCCUCGAAGUCUGAUGAUGGCUGGAUUGCGGAUUUUUAUGCAGAAAUAUUUCAAAGAAGAUUGAAACACGUCAAUAGACGUCACACUGAGCAGAAAGCAACUAGUACAUCACGUAUAUGUGACAAGAGGAAUUGAUAAAUUUCCGUGUGAAGAGGAAUUGAAAAAUUUCUUUAUAACAAGAUAAACAUUAACUGUAUUA